AUGAGCUAUCAAGUUAGCUUGUCUGAUGAGGUUCCAAGUGUGACCCGGAAGUAUUUCGUUCAAACUGAAAUAGGCAAACAGGAUUUUGUUUUGGUCGUGGGUCAGUUUUGGGUAUGUCUCAGCGGAAUGGAGGCCCACGGUAUUUUAAAAGCUUUUCCAAAAGUGAAGCGAUCAAAGGUCGCCGAGACCAAGGACGCACCUCCACGCAAGAAGACGUCGGACGAAAAUGUAACAGGCACUGUGUUCCAAGAUGUCUCAGUACACAUCCUUCCAUCUGGCAUCGGGAAAGCCAGAUGUGAGAUCUUCCAGAGACAGAUCACCCAGAAUGGGGGAAAGAUUGAGGAUGCAUUAGGCCCCAGUGUCACCCAUGUCAUAGUGGAGGACACCAUGGACUGUGAGCGGGCCUUGAGGCUGCUGAAAGUAGACACCUUGCCUUCCUUAGUGAAGCUGGUGAAGUGUUCUUGGCUUAGCGCAUGCAUCUCUGAAAAACGGUUACUGGACACUACAGCCCACGGUCUCCUUCUCCCAGACAGGAACAUACCAGUCAGUAAAGACAAGACAAAAGAAGAGACAAGUGAAAUUAAACCUAUCAAAGGCGGAGUGACUCAAAAGUGUGAUUUCCAAUCAGUGCACAAAAACCCGGCCGAAACGAUGGCGCAAACACAGACCCAGGAGGGCAAAGACAACUACAGGGAUGAGGACGGUGUGUCCCAGAGUGACCUGGAGGCACUGAUCAGUGGGCACCACCCUACAGAGGGUCCCUCGAGCCCAGCUACCGCCGCCACCACCACCACCACUGCUGCCACACAGCAGCCAAGCCUGCCUGGGAAGUGGGUUUGCGCCCAGUCGUCCGUGAGCAAGGGGAACAACCACAACAAGCACCUGACAGACAAGCUGGAGCCUCUGGCCAAAGCCUACACACACAAGGGGGACAGGUGGCGGGCCUUGGGUUACUCCAAAGCCGUCAACGCCCUGAAGAGUUACCACAAGCCAGUCACGUCUUAUGAGGAGGCAUGUCAGAUCCCAGGCAUCGGCCACCGAAUGGCCGACAAGAUCAUGGAGAUCAUGGAGAGCGGGCACCUCCGCAAGCUGGAUCACAUGGGGGAGGACGUGCCUGUGCUGGAGCUCUUCUCAAACAUCUGGGGAGUGGGAGCCAAAACUGCACAUCUGUGGUACCAGUUGGGGUUUCGCACCUUGGAAGAUAUCCGCACCAAAGCAACUUUAAAUCACACGCAGCAAAUUGGACUGAAACACUACGACGACUUUCUGGAUCGAAUGCCACGAGACGAAGCAUCUGCCAUCGAGAAGACCGUGAGGGAUGCCGCUCACGCUGUAGACCCAGGCCUGGAGGUGGUGGCCUGUGGCUCCUACCGUCGAGGGAAGGCCACGUGCGGUGACGUGGACGUCCUCAUCACUCACCCGGACGGACAGUCCCACAAGGGCGUCUUCAGCCAACUGCUGCACAUCCUGCACCAGAGCUGCUUUCUUACGGACGACCUGGUGAGUAACGAGGACAAUGGCGAGCAGAAGAAGUACAUGGGCGUGUGCCGGCUACCUGGCUCCGGCUGGCGCCACCGCCGCCUGGACGUGAUCGUGGUGCCCUACGCCGAGUUUGCCUGCGCCGCACUCUAUUUCACCGGCUCGGCCCACUUCAACCGCUCCAUGAGGGCCCUGGCCAAGACCAAGCGCAUGAGCCUAUCCGAGCACUCGCUGAACUGCAACGUGGUGCGGCACGGCACUGCCAAGGUGGGCUCAGGCACUCCGCUACCCACGCUCGGCGAGAAGGAUGUCUUCAUCCACCUGGGUGUUCCAUACAGGGAACCCCAUGAGAGGGACUGGUGACGUGUUUUGGGUUAAGGGAUUUUCCAGACUUUUCCAGACUUCAAUGGAGAUAUAUAAGGUGUAAGGAGAUUCUUCCUGUAGUUAUGUCAGUUGUUAUUUAAUACAAAUACAUCUAUAAAAAUGAAGGAAGGCUGAGGACCUUGAAAGAAAUGGAGACUGAGAAGAGUGCAUAGCAUAACAUAAUAAUAAUAAAAUAAAUCAUGUUUUUUUUUUUUUUUUUUUUUUCAUAAUUCAUGUGCAGGAGAAUGUGUGUUGGUAAGUUUUAACACUGUUCAGAAGAUGAAUGUAGAAGAAGAGCCAUGCUUUCAAUGUGCUGUUUUUAAGAGAAUGAAGUUAAUAUCUAUCUAUUUGAAAAAACUGUAUUCCUGUCUUGAAUUGAGUGUAACAUAGUUGGCUUCUAAUGUAUGUUCUAAAAUACAAGUGAAAAAUAGCUGAUUUA